UAGGGAGGUGAGCGUGACUCAGGCAUUGGCGUCUCAGAGCCCGGGCGGCCGCAGGCAGAGCGGCGGAGGCACCGGGGAGCGCCGGGUUAUGGUGGCACCGGGCUGAGCGCCGGGACGCGCCGAGGCGGCAGCGGGGGCCGAGCCCGGAGCCAUGGAGGGGCCCGGCCAGGAGGCCUACGAGGAGGGGAUGAGGAGGACCCUGGACCCCGAAGGCUACGAGGACCCCGGCCUGAAGAGCUCUCACCUGUCACUGGGCGAGAUGAGCACUGUGUCAGUGACCGAUGUGGAACUGGAGGCAACGGGGAGCAGGAGGCUCCUGUCCCAGCAAAACACCCAUGAGGGAUACGUGGAGCUGCACGAGCUGGUGCUGGACAAUGCAAAGGACUUGUGCUGGAUGGAGGCUGGCCACUGGCUCAAGCUGGAGGAGGACUUCCAGGAAUCGGGGGACUGGAGCCAGCCCCAUCUCUCCUUCCUGACCUACCACAGCCUGCUGGAGAUCCGCCGGGCUCUGAACAAAGGUGCCAUUCUCCUCGGCGUGGAGGCCACCUCGCUGCCGGCCACCGUCCACAUCCUCCUGGACCAGCUCAUCUACGAGGGGCAGCUGAAGCCGCAGGACCGGGACGAUGUCAUGAGGACGCUGCUCCUGCGCCACAGCCACCCCACCGAGGAUGAGUCCGUGUGGACGAUGCCGCCGGCGCUGGUGCAGCGCUCGGGCAGCAGCAGGACGGACGUGGAGCGGCCACUGCUGCGGGAGCAGCGGCCCCUGGAGAUGAGCAGGAUGGCAGGGAAGGAGCAGAGCGGGGUGCCCAAACCCCAACUCCUGGAGACAAUCCCAGAGGGUGCCGAGGCCACCCUGGUGCUCGUGGGCUGUGCAGCCUUCCUGGAGCAGCCCGUGCUGGCCUUUGUGCGCCUGAAGGACGCGGUGACAAUGGACGGUGUCCUCGACGUGUCCAUCCCCGUGCGCUUCCUGGCCGUGGUGCUGGGGCCCGACUCGCCCCAGAUCAGCUACCACGAGAUCGGCCGCGCCAUCGCCACCAUGAUGUCCGAGCGGGUGUUCCGCCGGGACGCGUACCUGGCGGAGGGGCGGCAGGACCUGCUGCGGGGCGUGGAGGAUUUCCUGGACGCCAGCAUCGUCCUGCCGCCCUCCGAGGCCCCCAGCGAGCCGCUGCUCCUCGCCCUGGUGCCGCUGCAGCAGGAGCUGCUCCGCCGGCGCUACCAGCCCCUCGAGAGGCUGCACAUCGGGGACUUCCUGAAAGAUCUGGGUACGGCGGGGAGCCCCCCGCGACCCCCCGUCCCCGCGGCUGGGGGACGCCCCCGGGGACACGGGUGCCCUGACGGCCGCCGUGUGUCCGCAGGGCCGGAGGAGGCGGCUGCGGAGGACGAUGACCCCCUGCGCAGGACGGGGCGGCCUUUCGGGGGGCUGGUGCGGGACAUCCGCCGCCGCUACCCCAAAUAUCUCAGCGACAUCAAGGACGCCCUGAACCCCCAGUGCCUGGCCGCCGUCAUCUUCAUCUACUUCGCGGCGCUGUCACCCGCCAUCACCUUCGGCGGCUUGCUGGGUGAGAAGACCAAGGGGAUGAUGGGGGUGUCGGAGCUGCUCAUCUCCACCUGCGUGCAGUGCGUGCUCUUCAGCCUCCUCAGCGCUCAGCCCCUCCUCGUCGUCGGCUUCUCGGGACCCCUCCUCGUCUUUGAGGAAGCCUUUUACUCGUUCUGCAGCAGCAAUGGCCUGGAAUACAUCGUGGGCCGGGUGUGGAUCGGCUUCUGGCUGAUCCUGCUGGUGCUCGUGGUGGUGGCCUGCGAGGGCAGCUUCCUGGUGCGCUACCUGUCCCGCUACACCCAGGAGAUCUUCUCCUUCCUCAUCUCCCUCAUCUUCAUCUUCGAGACCUUCUCCAAGCUGGUCACGAUUUUCAAGGACCACCCGCUGCAGCGGCGCUACAACGUGCAGGACGAGUACCAGCGCGGGGUGCCUGAGCCCAACACGGCGCUGCUGUCCCUCGUCCUCAUGGCUGGCACCUUCUUCCUGGCCUUCUUCCUGCGCAAGUUCAAGAACAGCUCCUUCCUGCCCGGCAAGGUCCGGCGCCUGAUCGGGGAUUUUGGGGUGCCCAUUUCCAUCUUCAUCAUGGCGCUGGCCGACUUCUUCAUCAGCGACACGUACACCCAGAAACUCAGCGUCCCCAAAGGGCUGCAGGUCACCAACUCGACUGCCCGGAGCUGGUUCAUCCAGCCCAUGGGGGAGAAGAAACCCUUCCCCAUCUGGAUGAUGUUUGCCUCCGUGAUUCCUGCCCUUCUCGUCUUCAUCCUCAUCUUCCUCGAGACACAGAUCACCACCCUCAUCGUCAGCAAGCCCGAGAGGAAACUGGUGAAGGGCACCGGCUUCCACCUGGACCUGCUGCUGAUCGUGGCCAUGGGGGGGCUGGCAGCCCUUUUUGGGAUGCCCUGGCUCAGCGCCACCACCGUCCGCACCAUCACCCACGCCAACGCCCUCACCAUCAUGAGCAAGACCUCAGCUCAGGGCGAGAAAUCCCAGAUCCUGGAGGUCAAGGAGCAGCGCAUCAGCGGCCUCUUGGUGGCCGUGCUCAUUGGCGUCUCCAUCCUGAUGGAGCCCAUCCUGAAGUACAUCCCGCUGGCCGUGCUCUUCGGCAUCUUCCUCUACAUGGGGGUCACCUCCCUCUUCGGCAUCCAGCUCUUCGACCGCAUCCUGCUCCUGCUGAAGCCCCCCAAGUACCACCCCGACGAGCCCUACGUCACACGGGUGAAGACUUGGAGGAUGCACCUGUUCACCUUCACCCAGAUCGUCUUCCUGGUGGUGCUGUGGGUGGUGAAGUCCACCCCGGCCUCGCUGGCGCUGCCCUUCGUCCUCAUCCUCACCGUGCCGCUGCGGCGCUUCCUGCUCCCCAGGAUCUUCCGGGACAUCGAGCUCAAAUGUCUGGAUGCAGAUGACGCUGUUGUGACCUUUGAUGAGGCCGAGGGGACAGAUGUGUACAACGAGGUGCAGAUGCCCAGUUAAGGGGUGGCCCUGGCCCCCCGAUGCCCCCCCAGCCCUGCUUCCAUCUCCACUGCUGCCAUCCUGGGCCACCGGGCAACCCAGGACUGGGAAAACCGUCCCCACCUGCCCACCCUGGGAACAGAGCUUUUCUUGGGUUUCCCUUUUAUUUUUUUUUUUGUCUAUUUUUAAAAAUAUUUUGGAUGUUGUGAUCUCACCCCCACUUUGCUGCCUGCUGGGGAAGGGGCUGCCUGGGCUGGGGGCGCCCCACGAGCCACCCUCCACCCGUGGCAAGGUGGGAAGUGUCCCUGUCCUGUCCCCAAGGCCACCAACAGGCGCCCAGGGUGGGGAGGAGCAGGAGGAAGACCCCGGAGCCUGGAGGAGGAGGAAGGCAGGGACAGGGUACAGCAGGGUGGGGUUCACCCCACUGUCCCCCCAGCCCAGCCCCUCUCCCCAAACGAACUUUCAACGAGCUGGGACAGACCCUUCACCCCUUGGAGCCCUUUUCCCAUUUCUCCAUCACUUCCUCCACGGGUUUAUUGCUCUGCUGCACUCCCAGCACAUCCCAGAGCCAGGAUGUAAAUAGUCCAGCAAGGGGGUUUAUACAUUUAUAAUGAAAACAAUCAUGCCAAAAACACACCAAAAAAUAUUUACAAUUAUGCUGAUGCUUCUGCAGGUAGAGUUCACUUAGAGCCAAGCAAAAAUUUAAAAAAACAAGGCUGAAAAAGCACCUUAAAAAUACCUAAAAAAAAAAAAAAAAAGUGGAAAAAGAGAAAAAAAAAUAGCUGCAAGGAGUGAUCUGUAUAUUUGAUGCUACUGGGGGGGUUUGUAAUUUAUUUUUUGGGCUGGUUGUGCCCCUGCUGCAGCAGGGCCAUGUGCGUGUGUGUAUAUACUAGAGAAUUAUAGCAAAAUCUAGAAAUUCCUGGAAGAGAUGAUUUUAAAGGAUCCUGGUCAGGGCCUAAACUCUACGGACCAGUCUGGCAGCGUCAUUUAACUGAUAAGUUAGUGUUAGUUAGUUAGUUCAUUAGUCCUCUUUAUUUUUAUAGCAUUUCAGGUAAAUCCGUGCAGUUUUUCCUUGAUUUUGCCCUUGCUUGCUCUCCAUGUCUUGCCCCAUUUCCCUUGGGAUUGCUCCCAGUCCUGCUGAGCAUCCCCCAAUCCUGACUGGGCAGCCCCAAGGGUUGGAUGAGCACCAGAUCAGGCUCCAAAUUUGCUCCUUUUUGCAAAUAUCAGAGUGAGGGACCCCAAAAUCAGCAUGGGUGGGGGGUGGGAAGAGGCAGCUGCCUCAUGUUUGGGUUGGUUUAGUUUUAUUAAUAAUGUGUCUGAAAUAAAAAUGUUUUGAUCUUUGGGGUUUCUCCUUCCCUUCCCCACACCUCUGUAUCAGGCUUUAAUAAACAAAUUAAUAAAAUCAGA